GCCGCGCGGGAGGGAGGACGCGCAGCCCGCCAUGGGGGACCCCUUCAUCCGCCACAUCGCCCUCCUGGGCUUCGAGAAGCGCUUCGUCCCCAGCCAGCACUUCGUGUACAUGUUCCUGGUGAAGUGGCAAGACCUGUCUGAGAAGGUGGUCUACCGGCGGUUCACCGAGAUCUAUGAGUUCCAUAAAACCUUAAAGGAGAUGUUUCCUAUUGAGGCAGGGGACAUCAACCCACAGAACAGGAUCAUCCCCCACCUGCCAGCACCCAGGUGGUUUGACGGGCAGCGGGCAGCGGAGAGCCGCCAGGGCACCCUCACCGAGUACUGCAAUACCCUCAUGGGCCUGCCGGUCAAGAUCUCCCGCUGCCCACACCUCCUGGACUUCUUCAAGGUGCGCCCCGACGACCUCAAGCUCCCCACGGACAGCCAGGUGAAAAAGCCGGAGACGUACCUGAUGCCUAAAGAUGGCAAGACUAACGCUGCCGACAUCACAGGCCCCAUCAUCCUGCAGACAUACCGAGCCAUCGCUGACUACGCGAAGAGCUCGAGCACCGAGAUGGCUCUGGCCACGGGCGACGUGGUGGACGUCGUGGAGAAGGGCGAGAGUGGCUGGUGGUUCUGCCAAAUGAAGACAAAGCGAGGCUGGGUCCCGGCCUCCUACUUGGAGCCCCUGGACAGUCCUGAUGAAGCAGAGGACCCCGAGCCCAACUAUGCAGGUGAGCCCUACGUCACCAUCAAAGCCUAUACUGCUUUACUGGAGGAUGAGUUGACCCUCCAGGAGGGCGAAAACAUCGAGGUCAUUCAUAAGCUCUUGGACGGCUGGUGGGUCAUCAGGAAAGACGAUGUCACAGGCUACUUCCCGUCCAUUUACCUUCAGAAAGCAGGGCAGGAUAUAGCCCAGGCUCAAAAGCAGAUCAAGAGCCGAGGAGCGCCGCCCCGAAGGUCAUCCAUCCGCAAUGCGCAGAGCAUCCACCAGCGAUCACGAAAGCGCCUCACCCAGGACACCUACCGGCGCAACAGCGUCCGCUUUUUGCAGCAGCGCCGCCGCCAGGCGCGGCCGGGGCCGCAGAGCGCAGGGACAGAGGAGCAGCCGCAGACCGACAGCCCGAGGCCGCAGCCGGCGGUGCCCCCGCGGCCCAGCGCAGACGUCAUCUUGCACCGCUGCAGCGAGAGCACCAAGCGGAAGCUGGAGUCGGGCGUCUGAGGCCGGGCACCGCCCCUACAUGGCGCCCUGGACCCUCCGCCCCCUUACGCCCCAUCCCUAUAUGUUUGUGAUUAGAGCCUGAGGUCUGGACACCUAAGGCAGCUUCGGGCCCCGCCCCGCCUAGCUAUCUGCCACCCUCAAUAAAUGUUGCUUGGAGUGGACAGACAGAGGCUCUGCAGAGACUCGAGGGGUGCUGGGUUAGAAUUAGGACGGGAAUUAGAACUCUGCUGAGUGGGAAAUUGCAAGAGCUCAAAUCCGAUUGCAUACUGCCCUGGCCUUGGCCAAGAUCGUUUGCACAAGGCCACAUUCAAAAGGAACUCCUGGCCCCGCUGGCCAUUUGUUUGGUCAGAAACUGCCUGCUCGAACUCUGGCCCCGCUGCAGAACAGUCCUGCAGAAGGGUUGGAUACAGUAAGCAGUGAGGGGGUAAGGGCAGUGAGUGACUUUGUAUGUGCACCUUAGCUGACAAAAAAUUUGCAAUAGUUAUAGGAAGGAGGCGCCUCUGAUUCUUCACUGACAGCAUGCUCAGUUGGGAGGCUAUGCCAGAAAGCAAAUAUUCAGAUCCUAACCACCUACCCCAGCAUUACUGCCAGCGCAUGGACUCAAAGGCUCUGCUGUGGGUCUUUCCCCAAAUGCAAAGACUCUAAGGUGCACAGUGGAGCUGCAAAUCUUGCAAAAGAUGCAGCUUGUCACAAAGGCCAAGGGUGGCAUGAAGAGCUGCUCCUCCUGGGGUGGGGUGGGGGGAGGGAGUGGCUACCUGAGGUAGGCAAGGCUGGUAUCCUUAGAGAUCAGAGAAAAUCCGCAAGGGGACAGGUGCCUCUCAAGAGAAUAAUUGACCAUCAAAUGAUUGAGGCUUUGAGAAAACCACUGGGCCCUUAAUCCUUUUGCUUUUUGCAGACCCGUUUGUUUGCUGGAAAAGUCCAGUGUCAAAGACUGUCGUGCAAAGCUGUGGAAAAAGUAACCACAGGCAACCCCAACCUUAGCUUAUUCAAUUGCAAUUAUAACGUAUACAGUAUAAGAUAAAAUACUUAUUUUCAAAAUUCUUAGUUUCAUUUUUUUUCAAGGUCAAGUCCUUCUCCCCAUGUUUUUCUGUAUUUCUGGUUCCCUGGAGGUGGUGGUGUGCUGGCCCCACAACAGCAUGCUGGUGUGGAGGACCCUGGAGGUGGGUAUGCCUGAGGUCAGGAAGGCACCCCCACAGGCCUCUGCCAUGCACAGGGAAACUGACUAGAAGCUGCCUGGUGGGUGCCUGGGUCUGAAUUAGGCCUGUACUGUCUGUGCAGCUGGUUUUCUUGAGUCCAGGCAUAGUGCUGGGCUCUUUACAUUGUGUCUAGUUCUGAGAACAACCCUGUCAGGUAGGUACCUUACAGAUGAAACCAAGGCUCAGAUAAUGUUGGUGGUUUAAGGUAAUAGGGCAAGUAGGUGGCAGAGGUGGGA